UGGAAAAUCUGUUUCUUCUCUCUGAGGCCCUCUGUUCUCUGUGGAGAGCUACUAAAAGGUUGAAGCAUGCAUGGAUACAAUGGAGCGUCUUAAAGGAUUGCAGCUCCAAAAAUACAUUAGCAGGACCGGGCAGGUUUGACAUAAUGAGAUUCUUAUUUUAGCUUGACUUCUGGAACUCCGAAGAACUAUAAAUUGAGCCGCACAAGACCCUAGGAAGGAGGCGCCUCUUAAUCGCAUAUAGACUUUGCUUCAGACUUUGCAAGAUACCUCUAGUUGUCAGUUUCCUAAAGAGUUAGACUACUGAUACUUACCAGCUUUAAUACAGGAAAUGAUAGAUAGAAAGCCUUGGUCCACAUUGCUCUGAAAACCAAAACUGGUUGCAGAAACUUGUACCAGGAGCUCAGAGAGGGGGCUGAGAUGGCCGAGGCCCCUGUGGAUGCCGUGACUCAGCCAGUGGCUGGGAAGAAAAAGAAGAGUCUGUCCAUCGAGGAAAAGAUUGACAUCAUAAAUGCAGUGGAGAGUGGCAAGAAAAAGGCCGAGAUUGCAGCUGAAUACGGAAUAAAGAAAAAUUCUUUGUCUUCCAUUAUGAAAAACAAAGACAAAGUUCUGGAAGCCUUUGAGUCUCUGAGAUUUGAUCCGAAGAGAAAAAGACUGAGAACGGCAUUUUAUACUGAUCUGGAAGAGGCACUGAUGAGGUGGUAUCGGAUUGCCCAGUGUCUCAAUGUUCCCGUUAACGGGCCGAUGUUACGUCUAAAAGCUAACGAUUUUGCUCAGAAGCUGGGACACAAUGACUUUAAGUGCAGCAAUGGUUGGUUGGAUCGUUUCAAGUCCAGGUACGGCUUAGUUUUCAGAGCACAGUCUGUAGAAGCCUCCGGUAUAUCUACAGACCCUGCCGUUGUCUGGUACCAAAAUGUGCUGCCUUAUUACUUAAAUGAUUAUCAUCCUAAGAAUGUUUUCAGUAUUAAAGAGACCGGACUGCUUUAUCGAAUGCUACCUACAAACACAUUUGCAUAUAAAGGAGAGACUUGCUCAGUCGGAAAGCUGUGCAAAGACAGAAUAACGCUUGCAGUCGGAACAAACAUGGACGGCUCAGAGAAGCUUCCUUUGCUCAUUAUUGGGAAAAACCGAACUCCGCGUUGUUUCAAAGGCAUAAAGUCCCUGCCUGUGUAUUAUGAAGCGAACAGAACGGCAUGGAUGACUGCAGCCAUAUUCGAACAGUGGAUGCAUCAGCUCGAUGAGAAAUUUCAAGCCCAGCAACGAAGAGUGGUGAUUUUUGUUGAUUCUUGCCCAGCACAUCCAGAGGUGAAAAACCUAAAGUCCAUUGAGUUAGCAAUCUUCCCAUCAUGCCUGUCUUCCGGGCUUGUCGCUAUGAAACAAGGUGUUAUUAAAAGCCUGAAAAUCAAAUAUCGGCACUGUCUUAUCAAGAAAUUUUUAAGUUCUGUUGAAAGUAGCAAAGAAUUUACAUUUUCUCUACUAGACGCGGUUGAUACAUUGCAUCUGUGUUGGAGAGCUGUAACCCCAGAGACCAUUCUGAAAAGCUAUGAAGAAGCAGGAUUCAGGUCUCCAGCGCUGGAAACAGACUUGCCAAAGGCAGAGAGUGACGCUGCUGCUCUUGACCUGGCCGCCCCUGCUCUGGGAGCAGGGGUGGAGCUUCCUGAAGGUUUGUCCAUAGAGGAGUAUGCUGCCCUGGACGAGGAUCUGGAGACCUGUGAAGCCACCACAAAUGAUGAUGCGGAGUGUACCAAUGAAAGUAAACAAGGUGAAACUGGUUUUUAUGCUUCUGAUGAAGAGGAGGAGGACAGCGGAGCUCUAGAAGCGGACCCGCCCUUACCAUCCAAAAAUGACGCAAUCGAAGCUAUAGGCACCCUUAAAAAGUUCCUUAGAAGUCACGAUAUGAACGAUGAACUUCACGAUUCUUUAGCAGACCUUGAAAACUUUAUUAGUGCUUUGUCACCUAAAUAGUCGUGUAUUAUACAUCUGCGGAGUAGGAACUUUUCCUGCUGUAUCUUAUUACAUAAGGAAUGUAAAAGGAAAGAGAAAACCUAAUAAUCCUUUCUUAGUUGCAACAGCCUUUGAUCUGAAUAGCAAGGCUCCCUGGUAAAUAAUGACUAAGUAAAACUGCGAGCGCUUAGCAGGUUUGGGGAGAGGAAAACUGCUCAGAGGCUUUGUACUUCAAAGGGACACAGGUCUGUGUGAAAGAACUCCUCAGCCGGCUGACUCACACGCAUGAAAUUGCUGGUUUCUAUUUUCUUUGUUUUUAAGUUCAGAUCAUGUUCUAGAAUAUUUUACUUUAUCCAUAUAGUCUAAGAAACAAAAAUAACUUGUUUUUAUUCUAACCUGCCUGUGCACCAAGACAAUGCACAAUAUAUCUCUGCUGCUUUCAAGUUACUUGUCAAGUUAAGUCAGAUGAAAAGCCAGUACUCUGCAGGGCUUCCUGUCAUCUGUGACCAGGAGAUACAGGUCCUUCUGGUAUGAUACGUGUGUGCUUGUUCAGUGGGAAGACACAGGAUGGAAACACCGCUGAAACUCAUGUUUAUAUUUGAAUACGGUUAACUCUCGAGCCAGCUGAAGAUGCAUAUAGAGUUAUAAAAAGAAAAUUAGGAUUCCUGUUUUUUUUUUUAAAUUACAACAGCUCAGCUUUUAAUCUAAUUUUGCUAAAUUUUAUUUUCAGCACAUUGUGAUAUUUAGUUGUCUUCCUCCAAUUUUUUCUUCUCUAAAAUUUUAAUAAAACUAUUAGAGAAAGUUUUAUCUAAAUAUUACAUUUAUAUUAAAUAAUAGUAAAUUACCUAACCAACAUCUAAAAAUAGUCACUGAGUGAGAUUUUAACACUAUGUCAGUUUUUCUACAGUUCAGUUUUAAGUAGCAUAUUUAUUUAACUUAUUAUCCCUAAUUUAGCUCCCCUUGUAAAGUAUUUCAUAAAAAUACAAAGCAUAAUGAUUUGUUGUAAACUAUUAAUCUGCCAAUUAUAUAAUUAGAAAUUAUCCAGUUAGAAGAAAAUAAUUUAACAAAGCAUUUUAUUUUCUAUUGCUGAUUUACUCUGCUUUGAGGAUUUAGUAAUAGUUGAGUCUUAAAAUGUCUUAAUAUUUUAGAGGUUUCUUUUAUUAUUAAACAUGGACUGUUUAAAUUAAAAAGCAUUUUGUGAUUUGAUAUGUAAUUUUAAUUUGACUUAAUCAUGAACCUAAAAGUGUUCUUGAGAGCACAUUUAUCUCUCAAGAGAAAAUUAAUUAUAGUUAGUCUGGUUUAAAAAUAAAUGUUUUGUCUUAAUUGUUCUUGCUUUAUAAACUCUUGCUGUUUCAACAGUGUUUUUUAUUUCUUAGCAACCAAGAAUAAAUCUCAUAUUGCAUUUAGGACAUUCUUCACUGUGUGUUGUUCCUGAACUACUUAGUGGAAGGUUUAGUUCAGGUUAAAACAGGAGGGUGUGUAAUCAGCAUCUAUGGGUUUUAUGUUUCCUGCCUGGCUCCUUAUUGCAAACCUUUUCGCUAUAGGAGGCAGAUUUGCUGGAAGGGGGAAGCAGGAGAGAAGGGAAA